AUGCCUCCUGCAGGCACUCUCGCUCUGAGCAACUUCCUGAAUUCGGCAUCGGCCUCAUCCAGUCGAAAGAGAUCUCAUGCAGAAAUAACCCGAUCACAAAGUCGAAGUGCUACCCCCGACCAGGUGCCCUCCAAGCGCCGCCGCAUCAACUAUCGUCCAACACCUGAGCCUUCUCGGGACUCGACACCACAACACUCAGAAGGAAGAAUACGGUUUCAAGGCGACGGUUUCGACUACCGAACGCCGGCCAUGUCCACACAGGCCCCCAGAGAAACUGCAGCCCCUGCCCCUCACGAUUUCACGAUCGAUCUCACAGCGGAAAGUGACAGCGAUGACAUUUCCACUGCCUCGGAAUCCUCUCCACAUCAACUCUCGAGGCAAGCGUCUAGUCAGCCCUCCCAAAGACCAACGCGACAACUGCUCGUCAGCGCAUGGAUGACACUAGCACAGUCACAACAGAUAGCUCAACAGCAGCGGGAAUUCGCGCGAGUAAGAGAAGCCACCGCACGGAAUCGAGGCGAAAGUACACGAAGGCAACGACAGCAUGAACCUCAUGUACAGAGACGCCCAGAACCUGCACAGAGGCAACAGGAACUUGCAGAGCCGGACCGAGAACUAUCCACCCGUGCCCCCCCUUUUGGCCCAAGAGCACAGGAUGCACCACACGAGAUAAUUAAUCUUUCAGACACCGACGAGUCGGACUUUGAAACAGAUGACUUUGACAUACCGGUGGACACGGAAACGCUCGACACCGACUCGGUCGCCUCCCUUUCUCCAAGUCAAAGUCCAGAAGUCGAAUUUGUUGAAGAGAGGCGUGUGCCCCAACGCCAACGUCAGGAGGCUGCAGUCCAGACUAAUGUCGGGAAUUACCCCCCUCGGCCUCGCUUAGAAAGAGGUCCACUGGGAUUAUCUCUAGACAUCCUGAGGAGGGGAACACAAUUCAUGUUUGGGAACGUGCAGCACGUCGCCCCUGGCUACGGUGAUGGGUUCCUGGAUCGCUUGGACGGAGUUCCGCCUCGUGGUCAUGAUGGACGGUUUGGGAACGACGGUGUCGAUGAUACUAUCGUCAUCAACAUGGAUUACAGACAACCCGGGUUUCCUCUUGAUUUCGAUGUCUUUGAUCGCAGCUCUGAAACACCUCAAGAAGUGCCCGAGCCUUACAAAGGGCCCCCAACUGCCAAAGAAGGGUUUAUCAGGACUUUCGGAGAGGAGGAUGUCAUCCUGUGUCCCAUGUGCGGUGACGAACUGGCGGUUGGGAAAGGAGAUGUUAAAAAGCAGGUCUGGGUUGUGAAAAACUGUGGGCAUGUCUACUGUGGCGAAUGUGCCGUCAACCGAUCCAAGUCGAAAGCAUCAAAGAAAGGCAAAGGCAAAGAGCCCGAAAAGAAGCUGGAAUCAAUCAGAUCGGUUCCGUUUACCGUCUGCAGUGUCGACGGCUGCAACACCAAGGUUGUUAGCAAGGCUGCCAUGUUUCCUAUCUAUCUCUGA